AUUAGAAUACUGAAUAUUAUUUUUUAAAAACCUAAUUUAUCAUUUUAAAUCAAAUAAUUGGAUGAUGGGCUUCAAGAAAUUAAUUAACAUGCUAUCAAAAUCUCUGAUUUGAUAAACUAGAAGCUAAAAUCUUGGUUAACAUAAAGUUAAUAUAAAAAUUUAUAUUCGAAUUGAACGCAGUCACAAUUGUAUUUUGUACGAAACAAAAGAGAAUUUUAUUUUGCUUAACGGGCAACGAUUAAAAAAUAGAAAACGUUUAAAAAGUCGUAAAUGACAGAAGGCCUCCUACUUUUUGAGACUGGUUUCUAAAUUUAAUCAGUGGAUAAAAAAAAAAAAAGAAAAUGGACCCGACACUUCAAAAGCACGGAGCUAAGCACAUAUACAAAGUACCGGAAGGACUACGAGAAUUGUGCAGCGACAUUUCACGGGAAGUUCUUCGCUCGCAACCGAUCAACAUUCUCGCCUUUAUCGCCGAAUACGUGGACACUCUUCUGAUCACGCGCGAGAAUACAAAAAUUGCAGUCAAAGUCGUAAACAAUAUUCUACUCGGAAGCGAGGCAAUUCUGAGCAUACUUUACCGGGCUGGUUUCAGUUUGGAGCAAGUGGCGGUCGCCGCUCCACGGAUUCAAAAAGUAUUCCGCUCGUACCUGGACGCGAUGGAUUUGCGACCGUUGAUAUGCGACGAAGCAAUUUGCGAGGAGAAAUCCAAGAUAUCGAUUCGAAAUAUUUUAGAAGCAACAGGAGCAACGCCCGAAGAAGCGGAGCAAGCUUCCGUAAUAAUACAAGCUGCGUUCCGUGGCCACUACGAAAGGAUGUCUUUAAGCGAGGCUCAAGGAAAGAUUCAAUGGCAAAGAGCGGUGGUGAACACAUUGGAUAUUCUGAAGAAGGCUGGUGCUACGCAAGUGGAAAUCGGUAAAGCCGCAAGACACGUGAAAUUUGCCUAUCGGGGAUACUACAACAGAAGGAAUCAGAAGAUCGACCCUCUGGAAGACGAGCCUCUCAAGAAGGAUGAACGUAUACUGGAGCCUGUGGAGGCUUUCCAAGCGGUCGCCUGGAUGGACGUGAUGUACGAAGAUUCUGGAUUAGAAAUGCAAAAGGCCCACGAAGCUGCUAGAAUUAUUCAAAACGCUUAUAAAAAAUAUCGUGCAAGAAAACGAAAGUACGAUUUGCAACAAAUGGAGACGACGUCAACAAUGGUCGCUGAUGCCGUUGUCGACAAAGUGCAUCAGAAGAUUUUUGAAAAGAUAACCGCCCGCAAAGAUAUCCCCGAAGAGUAUGGCACUCGGGAGGAGAUGAUGUAUAUGAGUACGAAAUUUCAAGUAGCUUUCAAAGAGCAAAUGAAGAUGUCACGUUUAGUAAAAAAAUUGCCGGAUGACGAAGAGGAAGGGGAGGGCGAAGAGGAAGAAGAAGAAGGAGAGGAAGAAGAACAAAACAUAGAGAUAAUUAGACCUAAAUACCGUCCGAACCCGAUCGAACCAAAGAUAAAAAUCAAAAAUCCCCCGAUUUACGUGGAAGAAUCAUUGACAGAGGACGAGGAUAUUGCCCCGUCAGAGAUCACCGAAAAAUCAACCACGGAACCAUUGACCACCAGCCCGGAAUUGCAAUCGGAACUGGAAACGGAUCGUCCAGAUUUACCCGAGGAUGAGAAAAUGUUCGAGCUGGAAGAGGAUGAAAAAGAAAAGGGAAGCAGCAAGAAAGAGGUAAUGUAG